AACAAAAUUAUAUACAGAAACAAUGCUCUGUUUAUCCCUUAAUUCCUUCCUCCUUCUCUCCUCCUUCAAACCCCCUUAAGCCUGGCUUCUUCUUUCUCACUUCUCCUCGUACCUUCUCUCUUCUCUUCCCUCCCCAACUUUCCCAUUCAGAUCAGAGUCUUAAACCAUGAAAAUCGAGUUCAGAGCUCCUGGGUUUCUUCUCCUUCUUCUUGUUGUUGUUCUUCUUCUACAAAUCCGGUCCAUGGUUUCAACGACACCCAUAAACUGUACCGACACAACGCGACUCUGCACUUCGUUCUUGGCUUUCAAGCCCAAGGCGAACCAGACCCUGGCCGUGAUCAAGAGCAUGUUCGACGUGUUGCCCGGCGACGUCACCGUCGAGGGCUCCGACGGCGGACGGGGACACGUCUUCGUAAGGAAGAACUGCUCCUGCGCUGAGGGGAUCAAGCAGUACGUGACCAACACGACUUUCACGGUCCGGUCCGGUCAGGGGCUGGUGUACGACCUGGUCGCCGGCGCCUACGACGGGCUGGCAAUGCUCCCCAACACCAGUAGGGUCGCCAGGUACGGCGCCGUGGUAUCGCUGAGGCUGUUCUGUGGGUGCUCCAGUGGGCUCUGGAAUUACUUGAUGAGCUACGUUUUGGAGGAUGGCGACACCGUUGAAUCGCUCGCUAGUCGCUUUGGGGUUAGCAUGGAUAGUAUUGAGAGGGUCAAUGGGAUCGAAAAUCCUGAUAAUGUCACUGCGGGUUCCCUCUAUUAUAUCCCUCUUGAUUCGGUUCCCGGCAACCCUUAUCCUUUGAAGGCUGAUGUUCCUCACAGUACUCCUGCGCCAGCUCCCUCAAUUGGCGAUUUAGCAGAAAAUCAAGUAAAUCAUAAAGCUCAUGCACCAUACAUAUGGAUUGUUGGGAGUCUGGGGCUUGUUCUUGCUCUUAUUGUGAUAAGUAUAGUUAUAUAUGUUUCGUUGAGGUCAUCGAGAUGCUUUAAUAAAGCACGAAGAGGUCAUCCAAAAGAUUCAGAGAGCCAGAAGUCUUGUAAGUUUCAGAUUCUUCGGAAGCCAAGUUUUUGUUGCGCUUCAGGAAGAUAUAUCUGCUGCAAGUCUGGAGAUUGCAAGCAAACUAAUGGAGAACCUAAAAGCCACCAAAUAACCAUCCCUAAAGCCCUUGGGACCGAUGUAUUUGAAAUGGAGAAGCCCGUGGUUUUCACAUAUGAAGACAUUUUUUCCUCAACUGAUGGGUUCUCAGAUUCAAAUGUUUUGGGGAAUGGGACAUAUGGUUCUGUUUACUAUGGGCUCCUUCGCGACCAGGAAGUUGCCAUUAAAAGAAUGACUGCUACAAAAACGAAAGAAUUUAUGGCAGAAAUGAAAGUUCUAUGCAAGGUUCAUCAUACCAAUCUGGUAGAAUUGAUUGGGUAUGCAGCUACCGACGAUGAGCUCUUUCUUAUAUAUGAAUAUGCACAAAAAGGUUCACUUAGAAGUCAUUUACAUGAUCCUCAAAGCAAGGGUCACACGUCACUUUCCUGGAUCAUGAGGGUCCAGAUUGCUCUUGAUGCCGCUAGAGGUCUUGAGUACAUUCAUGAGCACACCAAAACUCAUUAUGUCCACCGAGAUAUUAAAACAAGCAACAUCUUACUUGAUAGCACCUUCAGGGCAAAGAUUUCAGAUUUUGGGUUGGCAAAACUCAUAGGAAAACCAACUGACGGAGAAUCUACAACGACAAAAGUGGUUGGUACCUUUGGUUAUCUAGCUCCAGAAUACUUGAGUGAUGGCCGUGCUACGGCUAAAAGUGAUGUUUAUGCUUUUGGAGUCGUUCUUUUUGAGAUUAUAUCGGGAAAGGAGGCUACUAUUCGAACUGAAGGCUUGAAAAAUCCUGAAAGACGUUCGUUGGUAUCCAUUAUGCUAGCAGCUCUAAAGAACUGCCCCGAUUCCCUGAGUAUGUCAAGCAUGAAAGACUAUAUUGAUCCCAACAUGAUGGAUUUGUAUCCACAUGAUUGUCUGUUCAAGAUGGCCGUGCUGGCAAAAUCAUGCGUGGAAGACGAUCCCAUGCUAAGGCCUGACAUGAAACAAGUCGUGAUUUCAUUAUCUCAAAUCCUUCUCUCCUCUGUGGAGUGGGAAGCUACUCUUGCAGGGACCAGCCAAGUUUUCAGUGGUCUUGUCCAAGGAAGAUAGUUGACAAUAGUUGAUUCAGCCAACUUUUUUGAACCCCACUACUUCAGAGACCCAUUCCACUUUUUUUUUUUCCCCCUUUUUGACCACAUUUUGCACUCUCAUCAUCUAUCUGUCUGCGUGAUCAUGCGUGUAUAGUGGCAUCAUAGGUAGUAUUGCAAGGUAGUGUAUCUAUAGGCUACCGAUUCUUUCAUGCUUUUGAGUCUGUU